ACUCUGGGAGGAUCCUGCAAAUCGGCGUACGACUGCGAUAAAAUAAAAUUUUCAAAAUGUUCAGAAAAUAAUAAAUGUGUAUGUGAAGCAGGGUUCAUUGCAUUUGACAGUUCAACGUGCUCAUCACCACAAUUAAGUGGAUCUUGUACUUCGGACAACGACUGCAACUAUGUCAUGCACGCAAAGUGCGGAGGCAAUAAUAAAUGUGUAUGCAGAGCGAAUAAUGUUGCUGUGAAUGAAAGAUGUUUGCCAAUUGUGAACGGAUUUUGUUGGAAAAAUGAAACUUGUGCGACUAAAAACUCUAUCUGCAUUGAUUCAACAUGUCACUGUAAUCCUGGAUUCAAAUUCUCACCUCAAAUUAACGAGUGCCGUCAACCGUACAUAGGAAAACCUUGUGAAGUCAACAGUGAUUGCGAUGAAAUAGUAAAUGGAGAAUGUUCAAACGACAAACGAUGUACUUGCAAAAAAAACUCGAUAAUUUUGGAUGAAUUUACGUGUGGCCCGAAAUUGGGAGGAGCAUGUUCUGAUGACGAAGAAUGUCUAUCAGAAAAUUCGAAAUGUGAGGACAAUAUAUGUGCAUGCAAGACUGGAUUUUCUGCCGUCAAUACUUUUGACUGUUUAGUUGCAACCAAAUUGGGAAUGCCUUGUAACUCGAAAGCAAAUUGCAAGCAACUAUAUAAUUCGGACUGCAUUCAAGGUCAUUGUGUUUGUCCAUCAAAUACUUUUGCUAUUAAUCAAACUGCGUGCUUAUCGCUGAUAGGUGGAAGUUGCCUGAGUCAUGACGACUGUCGACCUGCCUAUUCAGUCUGUAAUUCUAGCCGUUGUGAGUGUCAAUUCGAAUAUGUGCCGGCUUCGAGUAAUCAAUGUAUCUUUGGAAGCUCAGCUGUUGAUUGUAGAAGCAAUGCGGACUGUGGCGAUCAAAUGCGUAGAGAAUGCAGCACUUACAAUAAGUGCGUUUGUAAAUCUAAUUCAGUUGCACUAGGGACUUAUGAAUGUAAGUCUAUUGUAGGUGGAUAUUGCGCUGAGGACACAGAUUGUGCUAUCAUUAAUUCAGUCUGCGUUAACAAUACAUGUCAAUGCAAGUUUACAUUAAAACCUAUAUCACACAAUCUAUGUCCCACAAAUUACUAA